UCUUUGCCAUCGACAUCAUUUCGACACAAACUACGACAAAUGGCGGCGCUCCUGAGAGCUGUACGUGUAGCAAGGGCAUUUCGGGAGCGUUGUAGCGUUGUGGUGUUACCAACAGCAAAAACUCUGCCUGUCAGCACCAAAAGAGGCUUCCACUGUGCAGUUCUGAGGCUUCAGGAUGAAUCCAAAUCAAACAAAUACACAUACUCUUCUGGUCAUGACCCAGUCACAGCUUCGCAGGGAGACUCUGCAUCUAAUCCAAUAGCAGAUGAGUCCGCCGCACCAAAAUUGAGUUACCAGGAUUCAGCUUCAGAACAAGAUGAGUAUGAAACAGAGGAACAGCUUCAAGCUCAGGUUCUCAAUGCUGCUUUGGAAUUUGUCCCACAACAUGGAUGGACAAUGGAGGCCAUUGCGGCUGGUGCUGAGACACUUGGUCUUUCAACUGCUUCCACUGGUAUGUUCCAAAAUGGAGCCGGAGACCUCGUCCUAUAUUUCAUCACUCAGUGUAAUUUACAACUGGCUGAGACACUAGCCGAGCAACAGAAGCAGGUCCAGUUAGGCCAAGCAGAACCAAAGGAGACUGGUGUCUUUCUAAGAGAUGCUGUCGAGACCAGACUGAGGAUGAUUAUCCCUUACAUAGAAACAUGGCCGCAGGCUAUGAGCAUUCUGCUUUUGCCUCACAACAUCCCUAAAAGUCUGAAACUACUUUCCACCCUCGUGGAUGACAUCUGGUACUAUGCAGGUGACAGAUCAACAGAUAUGAGCUGGUACAGUAAAAGAGCAGCACUGACCGGCGUCUACAACACCACCGAGCUAGUGAUGCUUCAGGAUUCCUCCCCAGACUUCCAGGACACUUGGAACUUCCUUGACAACCGCAUUCAGGAUAUAUUCAGCAUGGCUUCUUCUGCCAAACAGAUACAGUCUACAAGCGAAGCCGUGGUGCAAGGGCUCAUGGGAGCAACUGUAACUAUGAGGAAUCUCACCGGAACAAAUCAGAGACGAUGAUGCAAAACAACUUAACAAACCAGAUGCCAGCCCUUUUCUUGGAUCAAAACGAUAUAUUCAAUAUUUCUAUUUAUUUGGCAUGACCUUGUGUUUGUGCAUUUCUUGAUGGUCAUUUGCAGAGACACUUUUUCUUUCUGCACUCCAAUAUUAAAUACAAUGUGUGUCAUCCAGAUUGACAAAAGCAGUGCUUAGCCUGACCACCUCAUGGACAUUUAUGGCUCCAAAUGGUGGGUUCCUGUGGCGACGUUGUCUCGUGUCAGACUUAAUACUUUUCGACGAUUUCUUGACCAACCGCUUUAAAAAAGCCAGCUGGUUUGAACACUGUGCGAUUCCCAAGAAUAAUAGUUUGUUCAUAUUUCUAGAACAUACACCCUUGAUCGAAUGUCUCAUUGUACCUCAUGCAACCAAAUUUUACAUAUAAUUAGAAUAAAAAUGGACUUGUUGAUAAAAGUACCAUGCCACAAAAAGGAUUUGCCCUCUUCUCUGCUUUUUGCACAUUUAUCACACACAAAGAUUUGAGUUCAUCAAACCAAUUUUAAUUCACCAUGGGAGGCAAAAUGACUAACCUACGUACAAUGUUCCCUCUAACUUUUAAUGUGUCUGACCAGACAUGAGGACCACUGAGGACCACUGUGAGCAACAUC